GGAGACACGUGGAUCGUCUACGUGGAAGCUAGAACGCCACAAUCGUACACAGUUGUGAUUUUGGUAAAGGUCCCUCUUUUUUUUGGGUUUGGCUUCGGAGAUCAGGAUUCUAACGAUUCCACUUUAUAGAUUUCUGCAGUUUCUAAUUGUUAAAUCGCUUACCCAAGUUUCCGUAUCAUAGUAAUUCCCUGAGGAACAUUGUUUUACGGAAUAAAAAAUCGACACUCAGCUAGUAGGUUUAAGUAUACGAUGUUUAGGUCUCUGAUUCGGACACGAUCACAGGCAUCCUCUUCAGUCGUCGCCAUGUCUUCAAUCACUCAGAGAGGAAAUGAAAGGCUUCUGUCCAAAACUGCAGCUUCACAUUCAGGAGACAAGAAGAUAUUGGUUUUGGGAGGAAAUGGUUAUGUUGGUUCUCAUAUCUGCAAGGAGGCACUGAGACAAGGUUUCUCCGUGUCUAGUCUUAGCAGGUCUGGACGAUCUUCUUUGCAUGAUUCAUGGGUCGAGGAUGUAACCUGGCAUCGAGGCGAUUUGCUCUCACCCGAUUCUCUGAAGCCUGCACUAGAAGGAAUAACAUCUGUGAUUUCAUGUGUUGGUGGUUUCGGUUCCAACUCACAUAUGGUCAAAAUUAACGGAACUGCAAACAUUAAUGCUGUUAAAGCUGCAGCAGAGCAAGGUGUGAAGAGAUUUGUCUACAUAUCAGCUGCGGAUUUUGGUGUCAUAAAUAACUUGAUUCGUGGAUAUUUCGAUGGGAAGAGAGCAACUGAAGCUGAGAUUUUUGAUAAAUUCGGAAACAGAGGAACGGUUUUAAGGCCAGGAUUCAUACACGGGACUCGUCAGGUCGGUAGCAUAAAGUUGCCACUUAGUCUCAUUGGAGCUCCUCUCGAAAUGGUUUUGAAGCUGUUCCCAAAAGAAGUGACGAAAAUUCCUCUGAUCGGGCCGCUUUUAAUACCUCCGGUCAAUGUUAAAUCCGUCGCAGGAACUGCUGUAAAAGCUGCAGUUGAUCCCGAUUUUGCUUCUGGAGUCGUCGAUGUGUACCGGAUUCUUCAACAUAGUCACUGACCACGACGACGUCUUUAACAACGUUUGUAACUUUUAUGUUUCUACGGAUUGAUUUAAUUGUUUGGAUUCAAAUGUAAACAUUGUCUUUGUUUCUGCCACCAAAAUAAAGUACGAGUUUCGCACA